AGCUUCGCCCAAGAGGAACUCACCUAUAUACAUCCCACAGACCAGCCGGCCAGACAGGCCUCAGACAAGUCAGGAUGAGGCUGGGAUUGCAGGUUCUGCUUCUGGAAGCCGACCUCCUGUAAGGCGCCCAUCACAGGGCUCGGGCCACUUACCCAGGAGGCCAAGUAAGACACGGCGUCUUGGCACGGAAUCUGCGGCUCCAUCAUCCCCACCCAGGCGACGCAUUUCGGCAGUGUCACCCCAGCCACCACUGGCACUAUUGGCGAGUUCGCAGAGUGAUGAGCCCCGAUCACCUCAGUUAUCUGAGCCCAGCUUGAUGGCCGACGUGGACCAGCAGGGACAAGACCAACAGGCAACCAUCACACUGCAACUUACACCUGUUGACCCAAGCCAGCCAAUACAGCUGCAGGAUAUCCCCCAAGCCUCCAUCAGUCCACAACUGGCACAAGCUCCGCCCCCAACCCAAAUACCAGAUGACUUUUGGGCCAGUUGGACAAGCCAACAGGCCCAAAGCAAUGCCAGCCUGACCGCACAUACACAACACCUUGCCAGUCUGCCCCAUCAUCUACCGCGCAUUAGUCGCAACUCGGGCAGACUGAUUGUACAAGUAGGGCGAAUGGCAAUCUCAAUGGAGCAAAUAAGGGCUGACAACAGCCAAAUGCUUGCUCAUUUAACGCGCAUCAUAGAUGAGCAACAGCGCCAUCAGCAGGCACUCGUUCAGCUCAUUCAGCACAACCAGGUUGUGAAUGAGUCCUUAUCCCGGAUUGUAGCCAGCCACACUGCAACCAACACUCAACUGAUUGCAAGCAUUAAUAAUUUGAGCAGCAAUAUUACAUUGAUGGGAGCUCACCAAGUAACCUCCAGCUCGGGGACCACGACCCCUAUCCAAACGCCAGUAACCUCCCCUGUUCGGCGUUCCUCCAGAGCACGUGCCAGUGAGCCAGCACAAAGCACAGCACCCAGCACACACAAGCGGAAAAAAUAACCCCAAUGUGAUUUGCUAAAUAAAAAUUUGUAUUUGACAAACACACAA